UAUUGCCACCCUCGCCAUGGCUGGGAAGUCUAGGCCAGAGCUGUGGGGAAAGGCCUUAAAUGACCUCCGUGCCUCAAAGAUGAUAUCAGGUAGAAAAGAUGACCCUCUUUCACUUUUAAAAGUUAGCUACGACUACUUGCAAAACCCUGCGUGGCAAGAGUGUCUCCUUCUCUGUGCCUUGUGGCCUGAAGACUUUGAAAUCCCCGAAGAUGUCAUUAUAGAAUGCUGGAUGGGCCACGGCUUACUAGGCGAUUUCAACAACAUGGAGGAGGCUUAUGCCAAUGGGUACGAGAUAGUAGAUGGACUGCAUAAGGCGAGCUUAUUGGAGUACUCUGAAGACGAAUAUUUGCGAGGCGUGGUGAGGCUUCAUGAUCUUAUCAGGGACAUGGCUCUAUGGGUUGCGAGCGGGGGAAAGGGGAAGAAGUGGGUGGUGCUUUCAGGCGUCGACGGCGCGUCUGAUGAGGCACUACGGGAUAAAAUGUUGUGGAGGGAGGCCCAUAAAAUAUCGCUUAUGUAUAACCUCUGGCUGCAAAGAUUGCCGCCCGACAUCAGUGCUCCCAACCUUGUCACCUUGGUCAUCGAUUACUGCGGUAUCGGUCUUUUGAGCUAUGGUCUUGGAAGCAUCCAAAAUUUCCGUAACCUUACAUUCCUAGACCUCUCCUCCAAUGUUCUAGGAGGCAUUCCAGUUGAGAUAUGCCGUCUGUCUAAGCUUGAAUAUCUGAACCUUUCAGCUAAUUUAAGUAUCAGUAGCCUUCCUCGGGAACUAGAAGAUCUCAAGAGGUUAAAGUACUUGCUUCUAAGUAAUACAGCCAUCUCCGAGGCACCCAGGGAACUGUUUUCUAGCAUGGAUAGCUUGGAGGUGCUGGAUUUAUCUUCCUCCCUCAAGAAGAUUUCACAAGGUUCAAUUAUAAACAACAAUCUGGAUGGUCUGAAAGGAAGGCUGAAGGGUCUCGGCAUUAACGCGUGCUCACGGCGGGACAUCGACAAGCUGGGCGAGCUGUCGGUGCCCAUUACUAGGCUCGUGAGAUGGAUCACCGAGUACGAAACAGGACCCUCUCUCGAUCUGCUGCCGCGCCGGAAACACCCUCGCGAUCCCACGUGGUCGAACAUGAUACACCUGGGGGUGGUGGGACGCGUUGGGCUAUCCGGACCGGAGACAGCCGGUCCAAGCAUUGGUCGUUGACAAGAGCGAUCAGCCGGUGGUCAAAACACUGGUCGUUGACGAGAGCGACGGCUGUUUCCCCAAGCGUCUCGCUGUCGGUGGACUCAACCAUUUAGAGGAGAUUGUAUGGAAGGGGGUGAAGGACAGGGGUGCAGCUUCUCUCAACAUGCUGGCUUCCGUUUCUAUUGUAAACUGCCACAAGCUAAAACAUCUGAGCUGGCUUCUCAAUCUACCACUCCUUGCGGUUCUGGAUGUUCGUUGGUGUAAACGUAUGGAGCACGUGAUUCGGGGGGAAGAAGAAGAAGAAGAAGCGAGGGAGAUGGAGCACGAACGUCAGGCACCAUCGCGGCUAAUUCCACCGGCUAUCUUCCCCGCUCUCAGAACUCUACGGCUGCAAACUCUGCCGGAGCUGAAGAGCAUUUGUAACGACAGGGCGGUUAGU